CCCGUUGCCAUGGUUGCCCAACAACAACAACUCUGAAAGACACGCAGUUUCACUGAACUAUGAGUUUCACCAAAUCUCUAAAAACAUAUACGGACAGUCUCUGAAAGGUCCAGGUUGUGACGCAGCUCACCCCACAGCCUUGUUCUGGUUCACUAGACGGUUAAUAGCUAAAAGCUAUACUGCCAGAGCAGCGUCUUGUUGGUUAUCUGUGUUUAGAGGAAAGGCCAUCACCGCCGUGUGCACGUUCCCACCACUAUGACCGUCUCAGCUGAAGAGGUGUCUUCUUCCGUUGUACGGGAAUAUCUGAGUCGGAAGGGGCUCAAGAGGACGAUCGCUUGUAUGGAUGAAGAACAUCCACGCACAGAAUCCAGUGUCAACAACAGAUCACAAUUGAGGCAGAUCCUCAACAUGGAGGGUCUCUAUAGAAAGAAUAAAGCUCAGAUCUCCCCCCUGAAAACAUUACUGGAGAUUAUUGUGAAGCAUCACAUUGAGGGCCUUAAGAAGGACCAGAUCACCAUCAGUAAAAGUGAUCCCCUGCAGUCUGCUCCACCUAUGAGCCGGAUUGCUAAUUCUCCUGCAGUAACACCAACAGUGAUGAAUGACACACAGACAGAGGCUAGCACAGCUUUUGUAAUCAGCAAACACAUCAAAUUAAGGUCUGAUAUAGGAGACAUCUGCCCAUCUCAACCUAUAUGUACAUCAUUAUUGCCUGAGUCAGAUGGACUGUCCUGUCAAAAUCAAACAGGUUUCUGGUCUUGUGACUCAGAAGACCAUAAACACCAGCCACGGAUGGCUUCCCUCCAGGACAAUGAGAGCUUCAUCAGAAGAGAACCAGAAAAAAAGACUUCCACCACUACUGAGAGCACCCAGAGGACCAGAAUUAAUCGAAUUAGACGUGGCAUGACUGCUGGACCAAUAGCUAGCACACAUCAGGAAUCAAACAAAAAAAGGCAGAAUCGAAGGCUAGAAGUGCCCCAGAAACUGCUCAGAGGAGAGGAAGAAAACAAGCAGUCCAGGGAUGGACUUUUAGUGACUGGCGUACAUCAAAAAAGCUCAGAGAGCGGCCUGACUGAAAUCAACUCAGCUGACCGCUUGGGAGGGCAACGGGAGUUGUGGAGUGCACCAGAACGAGUGCAAACGGAAAACAGCUUUGAAAAAGUGCAACAAGACAUACUGAAGACCACAAACGUAAAGUCUUUGACCAGGCCGAGUGUGGCUGAUUUGGAUGUGGCUGAGAUGGUUUUAGAUGAUCUUGAUGAUGAUGAGGAUCUGCGAGAACUCUCCAAAGUGUCCUUUCAGAGAACCGUCGCAGAGCACAGCUACGCAGGCCGCCCGAUGGACCAACACACUGCCAUGGAAUUGAAAGCGAUUCUUAUGGGUUGUGGCCUAAAUUGUUUCAGUGUUGAGUGGAGGAACCAAGGUUUCACAUUCUCAGAAACGCACGACCUGAGAUACGGAAUUGUGCAGAAAAAGGGUGGUCCUUGUGGAGUUCUGGCAUCCAUCCAAGCCCUUGUUCUAAAGAAACUGCUGUUUGAAAAAGUUGAAAGCAGUAACACGGGCCUUCAGAGGUUAAGACCUUCCAACACAACCAGAAGAAAGUGUCUAGCUUUAGCGGCGGCUGAAAUACUGUGGAGGGCUGGCGAGGAAAAACAAGCCACGAUUGCAAUAAAUUCAGGGAGAAAUCAUUUCACCCCAACUGGACGCUACAAAUCUGAAGGAGUGCUUGAAAAGAUAACAUGUUUCACAGUGGACAACAUCAAAGACCUGCAGUUGCUUCUGGAGCGGCAUAUUGAUCAAUUUGAGACCGGGGUGUUAGGAUGCAUACUACUCACCAUAUCUGCAGUUCUCUCUCGAUCCAUUGAAAAAGUAAGAGACGAUAUGGACGUGCCCACCAACACACUCAUCGGAGCCCACGGCUACUGCACUCAGGAGCUGGUCAACCUGUUGCUCUGCGGCAGAGCUGUUUCUAAUGUCUUUGACAAUGACUUGGAGUUGGACUCAGGCAACGGCAACAUGACUCUACUGAAGGGAGUCAAAGGCCACUGUGACAUUGGCCUGCUGUCCUUGUUUGAACACUAUAACAUCUGUAAGGUAGGAGUUUACCUGAAGACUCCCCGUUACCCCAUCUGGGUGGUCUGCAGUGAAAGCCACUUCAGCGUGCUGUUUGGCCUGCAGAGGGAGCUGUUGACCAAUCAGGGCCAAAGCCUGGAGUUUGAGCUCUACUAUUACGAUGGACUGGCCAAUCAACAGGAGGAGAUCCGCCUCACUGUCUCUGUUGGCGAAUCGGCCCUGAGUUGUCAAGAUGCCGACACGGAUCUCGUUCCUCCACUGGAGCACUGCAUCCGAACAAGAUGGAAAGAUGCAUUCGUCAAUUGGAAUGACACAGAGCCUAUUCUCUGACCAAUCACAUGGUUUGAUGUUAAUUUAACAAUGGAACAUUAACCGACAAAACAUUUGCGUCACCAAUAUUCAAUAUUACAUACAUAUUCUUCAUAUAUAACAUUGACUAUUUACCCAUAUAUUUUAGCAUUAUCAUGUUUUUUUUCUCUUGUUAGUGAGACACAGUGUUGUUGGCCUGGAUGUUCUACGUCACACAAUGUAUGUGCAGCUG